UCUCUCUCUGGCCUCUCUCUCUCUCUCUGUCUCUCUGCCCCGAAAGCCACAGCAAAAGAGACGGCCAGCGACGAACACAGGGAAAAAGUAGGAGGAAUCGAUCGAUCUCUUCUGCGAUUUUCAUUGAAAGGGUUGGAUCAAAGAGAUAAAUCACUGGCAUCAUGAGACUUACGAAGGGGAGCAAGGUGGAGGUGUCGAAUACGAAGGAUGUGCCCUCGGGCUCUUGGCGGAUUGCCGAGAUCAUCUCGGGUAACGGGCAUAACUAUUUUGUUAGGUACGCUCGAUGUCCGUCGGACAGCAGCAUGGGGGUGGAAAGAGUGCCAAGAAAGGCAAUUAGACCCUGUCCUCCACCAGUGGAUGCCCCGAAUGAUUGGAUGCCCGGUGAUUUUGUUGAGGUUUUCGACAAUAACUCAUGGAAGAUUGCUCAAGUAUCAAGUGUAGCUGGUGGAAAUUAUUAUUCUGUAAAGCUUUCCGGCUGCUCAAGGAGGUUCACAGCUGAUAAGUCUCUUAUCAGGAUGCGACAGUCUUGGCAAAACAACAAGUGGGUGGUGGUUCAGAAGAAUUCUGGAGAACAAAGUGUUCGGCCCCAAAGAGGUUUGUCCAAAGGAGGAAAGUCUGAUUUUCGGUUGACACAAUCAUGCAUACAACCGGAUAAUUCUGUUGUGAGAAACCAUUUUUCCAUUCAAAAUCAUGAUGCGCUUGAGGAAUUUAUUCGAGUUUCAUCAAGAGCCACGAAGAAACGGAAACUUGAGGCAUUUCCUACCGAAGAGUCAUGCACGAAUGCUAGUAGAAAGACGGGGAAAAUUGAGAAAGAUGGGAGGCAUCAAGAGAUUGUUGCUGGGAAUUUGCCACAUUUGCUUGAAAAGGUAGGUGUUGUUGCCUCUGCACGAACAGUGGUGGAUGAAAAAUACAUGCGUUCUUCCUUAAACAACAGAAUAACUUCUAUCACGGAGUCGAAGAGGGGAAUACCAAAUCUAGAUAGCCAUGCUAUAAUGAGUCUAGACUGUAGUGAUGCAGAAAGUACUUCAUCCUCUGUUGGUAGUUGUAGUAUCAGUGAGAAUGCUUAUGGAUCACCGAACCAUUGUGUAUCCUUUUCUUCCCAAGACUCAUAUACUCGUCCUGGUCAUGAAGAAAUGCUUUAUGGUCUGGGAAGAGAAUUAUCUCUUCCUUCCAAAGAAGAAUUAGGAGCAGAAAUUCAUCAACUUGAGUUGCAUGCAUUCCGUUCCAUGAUGACAGCAUUUUAUGCUUCUGGCGCAAUAAGCUGGGAGCAGGAAUCAUUGUUGACAAACCUCCGCCUUAUGUUAAACAUAUCCAAUGAUGAAUAUCUAUCGGAGCUAAGAAAUUUAAUGUCUAAGUAGCUGCCACCUCCGGAAACCAUGUGUAGUUUCUUUUUCAGGAUUGUUAAUGCUAACCUCAGCAUAUUUAUUGAACUGUUCAAUUUUACAUAAGGUGGGAAAUUGAGAUUGUAGCUAUUCAUUGAAUAUUCAGGAUAUAUUUUGAAGUUUUGAGACAGUUUCUUACUGUUCCAAAAUGUAUUAUAAACCUUUUAGUGUAAUUGCUUUUUCUCUCUGGAAGCCAUUGUUGGCUUUUCUUGGGUUUAGUUUUUAUUUUUUUUUUCCUGCCAUCAUUCCUUAGUUUUUCUGUUGUGUCUCAUGUAAAUGUGGAUGGAAGAUGUUGAGUAAGCUUUACAGGUAUACUUUUGUUCUCAAGGUGAUCAAAUAAUUAAUGCGAAGUUAUGUUUUGGAAGAAUUUGUUGUGUGUGUUACAUUUAGUCUGCUUUCUAAAAGAGACGUAAUGGUGUUGACCACCUGCUUUAAACUCCAUAAGCAGCUUAAGACAGGCAAUCAACAGUGUUGUUACAUAAGUCCGGCUUAAUCGGCAUCACUAAAAGUGUCAAUGUAAUAUCCCCAAAAUCGACAUCAUUAGUGUUGUUACAUAAGUCCAGCUUAAUCGUAAGUCCUUUUGAGAUUAUAAAAUUUAUUAAUAAGAUAAAUUGACAGGUUUAUUUUGCGGAUAGCUUGUUUUAGAUCAGUUUUCUGAAAGCAUUCUAACUUUCAUAUAUUGAUCCUUCAAGAAUUUUUAAAAAAAUAUUAUGGAUGUUUUAGCUUAUUUACAAUAAAAAGCAUAUUAUGGUUUCAAUAUAUAUCAAUAAGUUUACAUGUUUCAAUUGAUAAUUUUUCAUGUCUGUAUGAUGGAAGAAUUCAUGCAUGAAGAUUCUGCCUGCUCCUUGUUUAUCAUAGAUGUUAUUGAAUGGGCACCAUGAAACUUCAAAGUGUGACCUGCCCAUCCUUUCUUUUUUUUUUCUGAAUAUCUUGAGCGUAUAAAACUUUUAUGUGCUGGCUGUCCUGGUAAUGUAUUAGAAAUCUAUUUCGUUUGUCUUUCUUUAACUGUACCAUUUUGUUAACACAAUGGUUGCUUCUUAUGCCU